AAUUGGAUACACUCUGACACUCAAACCAAGUUGCGAAAAAGGCGUUACAGCAAAUCUACAGCGAUUGAAGAUGAGAAGAAGAUGAAGACAGCCAGUCCUCAAGUUCUUGUCGUUUUCCCGCCAAAUCAGCUGCUGCUUUCUCGGCUUGGCCGAGUCGACGAUCCUCCUCUGUUCGACUCGGUACUCUUCACGCCAGUCCAAAUGCGGUCUGGUGGCGCGACUGGCCGCAGAUGA